GGGAUUUGAAAAAUGUUUAGCUGGCAACACUGGUGACCACUUUGAUACCUUAUCCAGUUUUUCAUCAAUCAUCAUAUCUAUUUGAAGAUAAUAUUAGCGUCCCACGUUUCCAGAACAAGCGUCCUGGUUGACAUACACUUUUCCGUGUAUAUUUUCGACCACGAAGCGUCCGAUAUGUCUAUAGCUGAAUUCUUGGAUGGCUUACCAUCCAUUGACAAACGCAAUUUUUCCCGUUUCAUUCCAAAAAAUGAUUUUAACAAACCUGCUGCUGUUUACAUAACAACAAAUGACCAAUCUCCCAGCCAAAUUAUUGUUAAUGACAAUUCACAUUUGUCACUCCAGUAUUUACAUAAACGAUGGGAUAAAAAGCAUGGAUGUAAAAAAAGAGCAUUGGAAGCAACAAGUGAAGAAUCUGGCUCUACAUCUAAAAAAUGUCCAAGAGUUUAA